GGGCGGAUCAGCCAGCUGGACCUGGUAAAUUGUUAUUUACAGUUUCUGGGCAUUUAAAAGAAGUGCAGCCCAGAACCUGUCCUGCAUUCAGGGCUACAGCAUCUGCCAUGAGGGCCCUGGUGAACGUGGUGUCCCUGUUCUUCCUGGGCAUCCAGGCCCACAGUGAGUGGAGCUACUCAGGGGAUGAUGGCGUGGCAGAAAGUCAGUGGCCUGAGAAGUACCCUUCCUGCGGCGGGGAAAGGCAGUCGCCCAUCGACUUGAAGAGGAGGGAGGCGCUGUUCAAUCCCUCCUUGAAGCCCCUGCUCUUGGUGAACUACGAGGAGGAGAACCUGGAGUUCCCUAUGACUAACAACGGACACACAGUACAGAUCACCCUGCCGCACACCAUGUACAUGCAAACCUCUGACGGCACUGUGUUCGUCCCAGAGCAGUUGCACUUUCACUGGGGUGGUCAGGACUCGGAGCUCAGCGGCUCUGAACACACCAUUGAUGGGACCAGGGAUAUAAUUGAGGUUCACUUUGUUCACUUCAAUCAGAGCUACGGGACCUAUGAGAAAGCCAAGGACCAAGAAAACGGCUUGGCUGUGAUAGCCGUCUUGGCUAAGGUUGUGGAUUAUGCUGAAAACACUUACUACAGCAACUUCAUUUCUGCCUUGAAGGACAUCAAGAAUCCAGGACAAGUUACAACUCUGAAGAACACGAUCAUUAGGAACUUGUUGCCUGAGGACAUCAGACACUAUUACGCCUAUCAGGGCUCGCUCACCACACCCCCCUGCACAGAGAAUGUCCAGUGGUUUGUGCUUAAAGAUUAUGUCACUCUCUCCAAGGUCCAGGCUGUGAGCAUAGAAAAUUCUAUUAUGGAUCACAACAACAAGAUAAUUCAAAAUGGUUACCGCAGAACGCAGCCCCUCAACAACAGGACAGUGGAAGCCAAUUUCCCAAACUUCCCGGAUGAAUAUUCUUUGUACCACCUUCACCUAAAACACAAGCAGAAGCAGAUUCUACAAGCUAAGAAAACGAAGAAGAGAACCCACACUUAUUGAUCCGGAAAUGACACACUGGCCCCGAGGGCUCACCCUGCCCCUUGCCUAAGGAAUCCUGGAAUAUGGGUCUCCUUGCUGCCUGCAGCGAGUCUCUGAUUAACCCAGAGGGAGUUCUCAUCCGAGAGGAGUGGAGCUAUGUCAGCCAGAAGAGAAGGGAUGUGGGUGAGAGGGAAAAGACUUGGACGGACGGACAAAGGAAUCAAGCCUUCCAUAAUUCCCUGUCAAUCAUUCACCUAAAUUUGGGGUCUACAGAUGCGGCUCAUGGUAGAGAGCUUGCCACAACCUUGGGUUUGAGCCCCAGCACCGAAAAAAGAAAAUCAUUCACUUUGAUCUAUGUAAUAAAUCAGCUUGAACUUCCCUUUAGCAUUUAGUGUAAUAAAGUGAUUUUGGAAAAUUUCAUUUUUAAA